CAGCCUGUUUGGUCCGCCCUCCUGGCUGCUGCUACCUUGCAGUUUAUGACACACAGACAGAGGGAGGUCUGACGACAUGGAGGAGACAGCCAGAGAGCUAGCUAGUCCAUUCCCGUGGAAACCACGUGUCCCUCAGUGCAGGCAGCUCUUCCUACUUUGCUGUGGAUUUCUUUUGUGUGACUUCGAGAGGGGCUUGUGAAUGAUUUCUAAAUGUGUGCCUCGCUGAGGCAAGCUGCCUGGGGAGGGAGUGACCCUGCCAAGCGAGGACAGAGGAAGCCAACAGGGACCUCGCAGUGCUGGAACUGGCUCGACCCUUAGAUGCAGUUUUUUAAAUCGGCAAAACAGAAAUCAAAUUACUAUCAUAUUAUGCUGGUGGAAGCUCAAGGGACUCUCUACCAGUGUGAUGAUUAUGAGAGAUGCAGAACAGCAGUGUGUCUAAUGUGUGGACUCUGAAGACAAAUGACCACAUUUUUUCCCCCGAAUGCUCAAAACUCUGCAACCUCUAUGUUUAAAGUUCAUUCUGCCUUUUUGACCUUGCUUUGGAGGAAAAAAAUGAAACCAAACAGAGGACUCUACUAAAAUUGUGAAGGAAGGGAAUAUAAAGAAAGAGCUACUGCCGUUCUUUAACUACUGUUGCAAUAAUGGCAGGAAAAAAGCCAACCAAGGAGCCCAGAAUGUACACCAGCAUCAGUGUGACAGAGUGUGGGGACACAAAAAUGGAUGGUGAGCAGAAUAUAUAACUUGUUAAUUUUUCUACACUUCAUCUACUACAAGUUCCAGCUUAGAAAUGGAUGUUCUUUGUGAAGAAAACACUUCUUUGAGCUCAAGUACAAACUCCUUAAUGCAACGAAAUGAUGGCACAAGGCUCUACAAUAAUGACUUUAACUCUGGAGAAGCUAACACUUCAGAUGCAUUUAAUUGGACAGUGGACUCAGAAAAUCGAACCAACCUUUCCUGUGAGGGCUGUCUCUCACCACCAUGCUUCUCCUUACUUCAUCUCCAGGAAAAAAACUGGUCUGCUUUGUUGACAGCUGUAGUGAUUAUUCUAACUAUUGCUGGAAACAUACUCGUCAUCAUGGCAGUGUCCCUAGAGAAAAAGCUGCAGAAUGCCACCAACUAUUUCCUGAUGUCACUUGCCAUAGCUGAUAUGCUGCUGGGUUUCCUUGUCAUGCCCGUGUCCAUGUUAACCAUCCUCUAUGGUUACCAGUGGCCUCUGCCUAGCAAGCUCUGUGCAAUAUGGAUUUACCUGGAUGUGCUCUUCUCCACGGCCUCCAUCAUGCACCUCUGUGCCAUCUCGCUGGACCGCUACGUCGCCAUCCAGAACCCCAUCCAUCAUAGCCGCUUCAAUUCCAGAACGAAGGCAUUUCUGAAAAUAAUUGCUGUUUGGACUAUAUCAGUAGGUAUAUCAAUGCCAAUCCCAGUCUUUGGGCUACAGGAUGAUUCCAAGGUCUUUAAGGAAGGGAGUUGCUUACUCGCAGACGAUAACUUUGUCCUGAUCGGCUCUUUCGUGUCAUUUUUCAUCCCCUUAACCAUCAUGGUGAUCACCUACUUUCUAACUAUCAAGUCACUCCAGAAAGAAGCUACUUUGUGUGUGGGUGAUCUUGGCACACGGGCCAAAUUAGCUUCUUUCAGCUUUCUUCCUCAGAGUUCCCUGUCUUCAGAAAAGCUCUUCCAGCGGUCCAUCCACAGGGAGCCAGGGGCCUAUGGCAAGAGGACUAUGCAGUCCAUCAGCAAUGAGCAAAAAGCUUGCAAGGUGCUGGGUAUCGUCUUCUUUCUGUUUGUGGUCAUGUGGUGCCCCUUCUUCAUCACGAACAUAAUGGCCGUCAUCUGCAAACAGUCCUGUAACGAGGAUGUCAUCGGAGCCCUGCUCAAUGUGUUCGUUUGGAUCGGUUACCUCUCUUCAGCAGUGAACCCACUGGUGUACACCCUGUUCAACAAGACUUACAGGUCAGCCUUUUCACGGUAUAUUCAGUGUCAGUACAAGGAAAAUAAAAAACCAUUGCAGUUAAUUUUAGUGAACACUAUCCCAGCCUUAGCCUACAAAUCUAGUCAACUCCAAAAGGGACAGAAAAAGAAAGAUGCCAAAGUGACAGGUAAUGACUGCACUAUGAUUCCUCUAGGAAAACAAAAUUCAGAAUAUGCUCCUACAGGCAAUAUCAACCCAGUGAAUGAAAAGGUUAGCUGUGUGUGAUAGACUAGUUGCCAUGGCAAUCACGGAGCACACACUGAACAAGUUUUCACCUAUCUGGAAAAAAAAGAAAAGAAAAGAUAAUAGAGAGACUGGAAAAAAUUAGGCGGGUUUA